AUGGGCGGCAACGCAGAUGUCUCCUCUCAAUCACCAUUGCCCAUUAUGGGCACUUGGGCGGCAACCCAACCAACAAAAACAGAUAUCUUGUGGUAUAUCCAGAAUAAACACAUUAUACAUUCACUCAUUAUCACGAUCUCUCACAUUAAGACGUACUGGCACGAGAAAUUCUUCGACAAAAGUCAACAACUUCUUCCACGAACAAUUAUUCCGGAGUGGCAAGCUGUCGCCAAAAAUAAGCGUGACUCGGUCAAUGGAUUAAUCCCUGAGAAAUGGCGCUUGGACUCGAUACCCUCAGUUACUGAACAGAAAGAUGUAACAGGCGACUACAUUCAGCAAUUUCUAUCUACUAGAGAGAUUGAGAUUACUGAGACAGACGCUGUUGGAAUAGUAGAGAAAACGAUGAGCCGUGAAUGGAAAGCAAGGGAGGUUUGUGAAGCUUUCUGUCACCGGGCAUCAUUAGCUCAUCAAUUGGUAAAUUGUUUACAUGAAAUAUUCUUUGAGGAUGCUAUCUUAGAAGCACAAAGACUGGAUGAUUAUUUUACCGAGCAUAAACAACCAAUCGGUCCACUACAUGGGCUACCAGUGAGCUUGAAAGACCAGUUUCAUGUCAAAGGUGUCGAAACAUCGAUGGGUUAUGUAGGUUGGAUCGGAACUUUUGAGGGGAAGAAAGGUACGGGAAAAGAGCGAGUGUUCGAGAGCGAAAUGGUCAAAGAAUUACGGAGUCUUGGUGCAAUUAUGUUUUGUAAAACAAGCGUUCCUCAAACUCUUUUGGCGGGUGAAACCGUUAACAAUAUAAUGGGCACGACCGAGAAUCCAAAGAACAGAUUAUUGGGACCAGGUGGAAGUUCGGGAGGUGAAGGUGCAUUGAUAGGGUUGAGGGGAAGUCCAGUAGGAUUUGGUACGGAUGUUGGAGGAAGUAUCCGGAUUCCAGCAGCUUUCAAUGGUCUUUAUGGUAUCCGUCCUUCGGCAGGUAGAAUGCCAUACGAAGGCAUGGCCAACAGUUUGGCCGGACAAAAUACUAUUUUAUCUGUUGUGGGGCCUAUUGCCACCACAGCUCGAUCUUUGAAACUGGUCAUGAAGAGCAUCCUCAGUGCUCAACCUUGGCUACAUGAUCCAUUAGUAUGUGAAAUACCAUGGCGUGAUGAACAAGAACAGAUGGUUCUUGAUAUUAUUCACUCCAAUGGAGGUGGGCAAUUGGCUUUUGGCGUCUUCAAAUGCGAUAGAGGGGUUGCUCCCCAGCCUCCCGUUGCUAGAGCCAUUGACAUUGUGGUCAAUACUGUUAAGAGACUGGGACACAAGGUCAUCGAAUGGAACCCCCCUUCUCAUCAACGAGGAUGCGCCAUAGGAAGCAAAGCAUGGUCAUUUGACGGAGGAAAAGAUGUUCACGAAGCCCUCGCACUCUCCGGCGAACCCAUGAUCCCACAAAUCCAAGACCACUUCAGCAUCCUCAAACCCCAAAUGACCGGUUUCGACAUCGCUGCCGUCAACGUCGCCAAAAGAGAAUACCAGAAAGAAUACAUGGAAUACUGGAACAGCACUGCCGAACUAACGGGGACCGGACGAGCCGUCGAUGCCGUGAUUACGCCGUUGGCUCCCAUGCCUGCGAAUCUUUCUAUGACGUUUGAUUAUAUAGCAUACUCGACAUUUGUCAAUCUUCUCGAUUAUAGCGCGGCGAUCCUACCGGUUACGACGGUGGAUAAGAGGAUUGAUGUUUUCAAUUACGAUUACGAGCCCUUGAAUGCGGAAGAUGAGAAGGUUUGGAAAUGCUAUGACCCGGAAAUCUAUGAUGGCGCGCAUGUUUCGGUGCAGAUUGUGGGGAGGAGGUUUCAGGAGGAAAAGGUCUUGGCUAUUACGGGGAUGUUGGGGGAGGCGUUAGGGAUGGAGAGAUAG